UUUCUGUGUAACAAUUUAUCAUUACAGGUUAGAACUGUGGGCUAAUUUAGGCGGGCACAAGCCAGUACUCUCUAAUAGACAUGCAGAUACCUCAUUUGUACUUCCUGUAGAUAACAUGCAAAUCUGGAUCUCCUAAGUCUUCUGUUCUUAAUUUACUAAAUGAAAUUUUUAUUCAUGGUGUAUACUGUCAGAAAUUAGGCUGAUUCUGAUGCAGCCUAAUUAAGUACGCUCAUGGUUAUAUCCAUCUUACUGAAUCUACUCGUGCUGGGAAUAAAGUAUGUCUAUGUAGCUUAAUGAACUGGGGCUUCCUUGAACAAGCAAGAUGUGCCCAAGACCUAACAGAGUAACUUUUUUUUUAGCUCUUCCUGAUUCCCUUUAUUCACUCAUUUGAAAAUCUAAACACUGUUGGCCAGCUCCUUCAGGGAGAGCCUGUUUCUGCACAGGUUUCUGAUAAACAUGCACACUUGAGUGCUAGAAAUAGCUUUGAUUUUGCUUUACAGUGUGUAAAUAUGUUGCUUUGCAGAAUUUUGUUAAUCUUCCUCCUGAUAAAGGAAGCAGACUACAUUGAUCAGACUGCUGCUUUACAAAAGCUGUUUCUACCUUGUAACUGUUUGUUUGCCUGAAAUCUGGUUUUCUCAUUCUCUUUCCCAGUGGAAAAACUGCAUUUGUGACAAGAGUGUUCAUGAAACCCAUCUGAAGAGUGAAGUACAUGGGCCAAAAUUAUUAUACUUGCAUGGUGUUUGCUACAGUGUGAAGUUGUAGCUGAGGUGUAUUCUGAGAGCAGUGCAAGGAAUAUCACACAGAUUCCUUUACAAACUUGAACAGAGAUGUCAGAGAUGAGGGAUGCUCAUUGGCCACUCUAGGGUUAAAUGCAUUUUUCUUGAUCUCACUCCCUAUCCCCCCUGCAAAGUUAUCCAAGCACUGGGGACUUUCUGCAAUCAUUAAUUGUAUUUAUGCUUUGGCUAUGUCACAUACAAAGCUCCCCAAAACUGUGUUUCUUUUUUUAAUCUUCUGACAAAUGCAUCAGCAGAAGUCUCUAGUGUGGCCAUCACCUCUGUUUUCAGAGGCUGUGCAUUGGGUACUUCAUAUCAGCGUUAAAAUACUCAUAAUUUAUUUCCACAUUAGCUGCCUAAUAUAAAAUUCUGGCUCGAGCAUGCCUGAGGUGUUUCUAACAACAUAUUUUGGGCUUUUAGGGGAUUUCACUCUCGGGUGUUAUAAAUUAUGCUGCAUGGCCUUUUUACUGCAAUAAGUGAGGCCUAGAGCAAGUAAGGAGAGAGGAACUGAAAACAAAAGCUCUGAAGAGGGAGGAGCAACCAGAUUUUGGAGAACGACGUUUAGGCCUGUUGGAGUGCUCACUGGUGUUCGCUCUACCCGGUUCACCACAGCAGAAAUCAAAGGACUGGAAUGCAUGUGCUGGGGUAGGGUGAUGCCUUUUUCAUCUUCGGCACAUCUGGGACUUGCUGUAUUCUCCAGGGGAGGCGUGGGAUCACCUUGUAGCCAAAGUUGGGUGGCAGGCUAACGUGGCACGGGAGCGGGUUGCCCUGAGAGGAUGUGACAUCUCCAUCCUUGGAGAUAUUUAAGAUUUGGCUAGACUGUGAUCAUGUCACCAAACAUGACCUGAUCUUGUGCUGGUCAUGAUCCUGCUCCGAGCGAGAGAUUGGACUGGACAACCUCCAUAGGUCCCUUCCAGUCAUAGCUUCUGGGGUUCUCAGUGCUUGAAGAUCUAUUACAUCAGGUUUUGUAAUUCAAUCCUUCAGCAUUAAUUGCUUUCCUGGCUCUUUGCUUUGCUUAGUCUGCAUAUCACUUGUGAGUACUAGAUUUCAGUACUUUCAAUGUACCAUAGGUGGGGCUUUUAUAUCAGCACCAGGCUGACCUUUUAUUCUUCAAGCUGCUUUUCUAUUUGUAUGCGUACUGCGUGUAAAAUCUAUAAAGGCAGCACAAAUACACAGGCAAUAACAGCAACAGGUUCCUCUUGUUCUGUGUCCCUGGAUCCACAUCCAAGACCUCUUUGCUCAGAACGAUGGAAGUGGGAAGAAGAUGCUGGUGGCUUCCUGCACGUAAAGAUAGAGUCAUGUUUGUGGGCCAUGCAGUGCUCAGAAACAGAGAUGUAAGUGGAGGGAGUGCCAUGCAUGUGGAAUCCGUAUUGUGCACUGUGCCCCCCAGGCUGUGCUAGAUCAAUCGAAGAAGCGUGUGCUUUUUGAAAACCAGCACCAAGCUUCUCUUGCUGAGGCCUGGCUCAGCCUCUGUAAAGUUGGGGAAUGGCGGUCAACGUGUACUCUACCUCUAUAACCCAAGAGACUAUGAGCAGACAUGACAUCAUCGCAUGGGUUAAUGAUAUAUUAGCUUUAAACUACACAAAAGUCGAACAACUCUGUUCAGGAGCAGCUUACUGCCAGUUCAUGGACAUGUUGUUCCCAGGGUGCAUUAGCUUGAAGAAAGUAAAGUUUCAAGCAAAGCUGGAGCAUGAAUACAUUCACAACUUCAAACUUCUGCAGGCAUCAUUUAAAAGAAUGAAUGUGGAUAAGGUAAUUCCCGUGGAAAAACUGGUCAAAGGGCGCUUCCAAGACAACUUAGAUUUCAUUCAAUGGUUUAAGAAGUUCUUCGAUGCUAACUAUGAUGGGAAGGAGUAUGAUCCUGUGGAAGCUCGACAAGGCCAAGAUGCUCUUCCCCCACCGGAUCCUGGUGAACAGAUCUUCAACCUGCCCAAAAAGUCUCACCAUGCAAACUCUCCAACUGCAGGUGCUGCUAAAUCCAGUCCAGCUUCUAAACCAGGAUCAACACCGUCUCGCCCAUCUUCAGCAAAAAAAGCUGCACCAAGCAGCUCAGCAUCCAAAUCAGAUAAAGAUUUGGAAACUCAAGUCAUACAGCUCAGUGAACAGGUACAUUCAUUAAAACUUGCACUUGAAGGCGUGGAGAAGGAAAGGGAUUUCUACUUUGGCAAAUUAAGGGAGAUUGAACUUCUCUGCCAAGAACACGGGGGAGAGAAUAAUGACCUUGUCAAUCGGCUAAUGGAAGUCCUUUAUGCUUCAGAAGAACAUGAGAGCCACACAGAAGAGCAUGAAGGUGAAGAGCAAGUCCAUGAACAGCCCCAGCAGCAGGAGGAGUACUGACUCACCCAGCGUCUCUGACAAUUUUCAUUUUGUGUGAGAACUUUCUUCUGGAGAAUGGAACAUGUGCGGCCUCAAACUUGAAAUCAGUUCACUCCCAGUCUGCCAUUAACAUUUAUGUACCAUAGUGAGUGCCAGCCAACCACUGCAUUCUGUACCCAUACUUUGCCAAGAUGCAUUUGCAGACGUCUUCUUUCAGUGUAUCUUCCCAAGAGGUUGUAGGGCUACAUCACCUACUGUACAUCACUGCAACUUCACCACUUGGCUGCUUGAGAUUUGUUCUGCUCUUUAAAAAAAUAUAUAUAUUUAUUUUUUUUUCCUUUUUCGUCUUAAGUAUGAUACACUUGUAACUUGUUCUAACAUAUUUAUAUUGGCAUUUUGUGUGGCAAGAAGUACCGUACCACUAGCUGUGUCUCUCACUUUGUGGUGCUUUCGCGUUUUCUAGUACAUCUGCCUUGGGGCAUCAAUUCGGUUGAACAAUUGGAAGAAAGGGGUACAGUGGAAGUCAUACUCAAGCCAUAACGAUGAGGUGUGUUGUGGAGGAAAAUGCUCGUGUUGCUCACAUUUAUUCCUUUCCUGCCUUCACAAAAUGGAAGGCAGAGCAUCUGUUUCACUAGGAGAGAUUUAAACCCCUGUUAGAAAGCUUGUUAGAAAGCUGCAUGGUAUGUUUUUUGGCUUAUUUCUGGAGGAACAGACAUCCACUUAAGUUUUUUGAAAACCCUCCCAGUUUCCUGGCUAGUCAAUAGACAUUUCCCAGCUUCUCUUCCUUCCUGAGGAAUCCAGUCCCAGCCUCCAGCUGCAGCUCUGCCUCCGCAGAGCUCAGUGCUGAUGGAGGAGAGAAAUCUCUUUGACACAAGUGUAGCUGCAGGACACAAUCUCUGCUGUCUUACUUGGUUUCCCACCCCUCAGAAGAGGACAAAGUAGGCCAGCCAUUUCUUUUUGCUGUCCUUCCCCCCUCUGCUGCCCUGGCCAUGCAAGUAUGGAAGAUGGAAAAUUUCCACAGUAGUGCAAGGCAUGGGAAAAAAACAGCAACAGCACUAGCCCUGAACCUCCCCGAACUCCCUUUCAGUGGGUGGUGGACACCUCACGGGUGUUGAGGCUGCUUCUGAAGCACGGAGAGGCAGUGAGGAGUCCUUCUGGAAAGGGAGCACAUAUCAGAGGGGGACCAGCUGACCGAGGGGCACAGAGCCGGUUCUGCACUUGGCUGACCUUCCUUUGGUGAGGCUGGUGUGGUGCAGAACCAUGUCUGCCCUGGAGAAGUCUGCAGUGAGAGCGUUCCCUUCCCGUGUGGUCCCAUUCCCCUGUUCUAAAUGAUGGUAUUUUAUAAACAGAGGUAUCUUGAAGUAUAUAAAGCAUUCCUUAUUUUUCUUGUAAAACUGCGCAUUGUAGUCUCUGAAUAUUUAAUGCUUGGUAUUCCUGGUCUCUCACUUGAUUUUCUUAAUUCUGGAUUGUUACACUGAUUAGCAGGUACGUGGAAGUCCCACCCCAAUCGGCAGUCACUGAAAAACUCCAAAGCCUGUUGAACAGCUAAAUCAUCUUAGACCUUCGUAGGCUCCUAAAGCAUAAAUUCCCAGCUUAUGCUUCCAUAGAAAGGUUUUUUCAAUUAAUCAACCCCCAGCACACACACACAUUCAUGCGCAGUUUUCUGUUCCUAAUCAAUCUUUUGCAGCUAAGUGGCUCUUAGUUAAAUGUGAGAUCCCUGCUGUUGUGUUGCACCACAGACAAUAUAUAAAAUACUGUUAAGCACUAGAACAGGUAUUUCCAGUUCCUUCAUCGCUCCUGCUGCUCAGCAGAAGAGUUUCUGGACCCUGCGGGCUGAAGGUUUCCCAGCCCUGCCUCCAGCAUUGACCUCACGUCCUACCUGGUGAUGAAGUGAAAGUACUGCAACCUGCGGGCCAGCGCUUUCCCAUUUUGAUUGGUUAUGAAUAAGGUCUGGUUUAUAAAAAUGUGUAUAGUCCAAAAUGAGUAUUUCCAAGAAUCACCACAAAUGGGGGAAUUGUCACUUUCGUUGUAUUUGUGUUUAUUAGAACAUAUGUACUUAUUACAAUUGUCAUUGUAAUAAACGGUAGUUCUUCAUAAUACUGUUGAACCGAAGAGCAGUUACUAAUUUUUUCCAGUCUCCAGAAUGUCCUUUACGCCUGUAUGGGAUUUCUGAUGGGGCAAGGAGUUUUGGGAUCCAAGCUAUAAACUUAAUGUCAUCAGCACCAGUCUCUGCUUACUGCAGUUCAUCCUUCUGCCCAUACUCGAGCAGAUGCAUGGAGAGCACUUCAAGAGAAAAUGUUUUUCUAAAGGUGCAAGUGGUCGGGUUGCUGAGCUCCCCGGAGGGUUCAUAGCCAGGCUGUUGUGCCUCUCUCCUUUCCUCUCUUUGAAGCACAUUUAAAAAAAAUUUUAAAAAGCUGAAUUUCAUUUCCUGAAAAUUCCUUAUAUCCUAUUUCUGGUCUGAGGACUGUAACCCUCUCACGGCUUGUAUCAAGGGGGGGGUGACUGACCGAGGGAGCUGGGGCGGUAAAGUACCUUGUGGGCACUAGAAAUUGGCUGUGCUGAGGGGAGAGCGAUGCUCUGAAAGGGGAACGAGUUGUCCUUCUCCCCUUACCCCCUGUGAGUAACCCAUUCUUCCGUUAUGGUUUUAAUAUGCAUUUGUAAUUACCUUUACUAAAUAGCACACCAUAAAGCUUUGGUUAUAUAUUAAAUGUAAACUGAAAGGAAUGUAAACAUAUGUAUUGUUAAUUAUAAAUAGAUAAGUAAUGACAUAAUAGAUACAAAAAGUCUUAUUCAGAUGUAUCAGUCAUUUCACAUUAUCCACAGAUUGUCGCAUGGUAGAGUAGCUUUUUGUCUGAAUAUGUGAAUAACUUGACUUGCGUUUAUCUUUUUACAUAUUUAAUAAAAAAAUAUAUGUUAAAA